CCUAUAAAUACCUUGAACGAAACGGACUUUUACAUAGUAAAAAAUGUGAACAUAACGAGUGUGUGCAUUGCACCCGGUGAUAAAAUCUAAUAUUGCAGGAAGCCCCAGAGCAGCUAAAACAGUAAAAUGGUAAACUUCUCGAAAGAACAGCUAAGCGCGGUGAUGGGCCGUCAGAGUAAUAUCAGGAAUAUGGUAGUUAUUGCUCAUGUUGAUCAUGGUAAAACUACCCUGACUGAUUCUUUACUGGCUAAAGCUGGUGUUAUCUCCCAAGAUCAGGCUGGAGAUAAGAUGGCCACCCAUACCAGAGAAGAUGAAAAAUUGAAAGGAAUAACCAUCAAGUCAACUGCCAUCUCAUUAUAUUAUGAAGUUGAAUGUGACGAUGUUAAAGAUGCGGGAGCAGAAGACGUUGUUGAGAGUAAUGGAUAUUUAAUUAAUCUAAUUGACUCUCCUGGUCAUGUUGAUUUCUCAUCUGAGGUAACGGCAGCUCUUCGUGUGACAGAUGGGGCAAUGGUUGUGGUCGAUUGUAUAUCUGGAGUUUGUGUGCAGACUGAAACAGUCUUAAGACAAGGUCUAGCUGAAUACAUUAAACCAGUUUUAAUGAUGAAUAAACUGGAUCGAUGUAUUUUUGAGAAACAACUGUCAGCCGAAGAGAUUUACCAAUGCCUGAGAAAAGUAGUUGAAAACGUCAACGUUAUAUUGUCUAUGUAUGGUGAUGAAAGUUCUCCCAUGGGUGAUGUUUCGCUUGAUCCUGUAAAAGGCAAUGUCUCGUUUGGUUCUGGUUUGCACGGCUGGGGUUUCAAUUUGAAAACAUUCGCUAAAAUGUAUGCGAAAAUCUUCUCUAUCACAGAGAAGAAGAUGAUGAGCCGCUUGUGGGGAGAUAACUUCUUUAAUCCACAGACGAAAAAAUGGAGCAAAACAGAGACAGAUGGUUCUGUUCGUGGAUUCAACAAGUUUAUCAUGGAACCUUUAAUGAAGGUUCUUCAAACGUCUAAAGAAUGUGAAAAAGAGACAACCAAGGAACUUGUCGCUAAAGUUGGCAUCAAGUUAAAUUCAGAAGAAAUGGAAAAAGAGGGUAAAAUUUUUAUGAAGACAGUGAUGAAGAAAUGGUUACCAGCUGCUGACGCCAUGUUAGAUAUGAUCAUUAAUCAUUUACCUUCGCCAGUCGUGGCCCAGAAAUACAGGACACAACUUUUAUAUGAAGGCCCUUUGGAUGACGAAGCUGCCAUUGCCAUGCAAAGUUGUGAUCCAAACGGACCUUUAAUGAUGUAUGUAUCGAAGAUGGUGCCAUCUCGGGAUAAAGGCCGUUUCUAUGCGUUCGGUAGGGUGUUUUCUGGAACUGUUACAAGUGGAUUACCUGUUAGAAUCAUGUGCCCAGGUUAUACCCCAGGAAAAAAGAACGAUCCAAAUCUGCAUUUAACAUCUAUACCAAGGGUUGUGGUUUUGAUGGGUGGAGCUGCCACUGGAUUAAGUCAAGUGCCAUGUGGUAAUGUUGCUGGUCUCGGUGGUGUUGAUAGAUAUCUUGUAAAGACAGGAACUGUGACAUCUUAUGAACACGCCCAUAACCUGAAGGUUUUGAAAUUUUCAGUGAGUCCUGUUGUUCGAGUUGCAGUGGACGUUGUUCACGCGUCUGAUUUACCUAAGCUUGUGGAAGGAAUGAAGAGAUUGGCUAAAGCCGACACGAUGAUUCAGUGUACUAUGGAUAGUGGUGAAUAUAUAGUAGCUGGUGCGGGUGAAUUACAUCUAGAAAUAUGUUUGAAUGAUCUGGAAAACAUACACGCUGGUAUCCCUUUAAAGAGAAAGAAUCCGGUGGUGAGUUAUAAAGAAACGGUAACGACCAGGUCUGAUAGAACGUGUUUAUCAAAAAGUAACAAUAAAUUACUGAGAUUAUAUGCUACAGCGGAACCUUUACCAGAAGGUUUAUCAGAAGAAAUAGAAGAGGGUACAGUUACAGCUACACAGGACUUUAAAGAACGUGCUCGCUAUCUGGACGAUAAUUUCGGUAUUGAGAGUGGACUAGGUAGAAAGAUCUGGUGUUUCGGUCCAGAGGGUAGCGGUCCAAAUAUAUUGAUUGAUGCAACAAAAUCUGUUCAAUAUAUGCAAGACAUUAAAGAUACCGUUGUAGCUGGAUUCCAGUGGUCUACACAGGAGGGAGUUUUGUGUGAGGAAUCAAUGCGAGGUAUCAGGUUUAAUAUAACAGACGCUCAUCUCCAUAGUGAUCCUGCCCACAGACGUGGUGCCCAGGUUAUUCCUACUGCAAGACGAGUUUUAUUUGCUUCCGUGUUAACAGCUAAUCCUCGACUAGUUGAACCUAUUUACCUUGUUGAAGUGCAGUGUACUGAUACUGUAAUAGGAGGUGUCUAUAGCUCUGUUAAUAAGAGACGUGGAUUGAUAAUAGAAGAACAUCGUCAAACAGGUACACCAAUCUGUACCAUGAAAGCUUAUCUACCUGUCAACGAAUCGUUUGGAUUCGAUAAAGAAUUAAGAUCACAAACUGGGGGCCAGGCCUUCCCACAAUGUAUAUUUGAUCACUGGCAACUAAUGCCUGGUGAUCCAUUCGAUCCAGCAUCAAGGGCAGCCGCCAUUGUGGUCGAGACAAGAACAAGAAAAGGAUUAUCACCAAACAUACCAUCCUUAGAUAACUUUUUGGAUAAAUUAUAAUUCCAAAUAUUAAUGUCCGCUCAACAAUUAUUUUGUAAAAUGAAGAAGAAAAUGAUUAAAUCUAAUCAAUAAAAAGAUUAAUAAAUGUUCUUUGGU